AUGGGUAACAGAGAUAUUCAUUUUGGAACUUUGAAAUUGUGUGACGAGCAUGGAUUACUUUAUGCACUGGACCUUGGUGGAACAAACUUCCGUGUAUUGCGUGUACAAUUGGGUGGAAGGGAACGACGAGUAGUUAAAGGUGAAGAAUUUCAUCUUGCUCCUGGUAAGCAGAGGGAAUUGGGUUUUACAUUCUCUUUCCCGGUAAAGCAGGCAUCCAUUGCUUCUGGAACUCUUCUUAAUUGGACAAAAGGAUUCUCAAUAGACGAUGCGCUAAAGAUAUUAACCUGGGUCGGUCAAGAUGUGGUGGCAGAAUUGACAAAAGCCAUGGAAAGGAAAGGGGUUGAUAUGCGUGUUGCGGCACUUAACAAAAAUAUUUUGUUUCUGGUUACUGGAGGACAGGUUGUUCUACAUUUACUUUGUGUUUUGAAGGUCUCAUGA